CCGGCUGGAGCGGCGCCUGGCCGGUCUGCAGGGAGAGCUUGACUCGGCCCUCAAGGUCAACUCGGAGGCUUCCGAGCACCUGGCUGAGGUGCUGUCCGCCACCGAUCAGCUGAUGGCCGAGCGCAGUCAGCUGUCGCGGCUCAGCACCACCCAGCUGAGCGACGGCGACAAGCUGAUGGAGCGCAUCAGCGAGGAGCGCGCCCACGCGCUCCGGCUCAAGGACAAGGUCAAGACUGUGCGGAAGGAGUCGCUGGAGCAGCUGCAGCAGCUGCAGUUCGAGAUGGGAGACCAGGCGCGCUCGCACGAGAUCCGCGUCUCCGAGUACGAGCGUCAGCUGGCCUACCUGCGGUCGCGGCUCAACGAGAAACAGCAGGAGGCGGAGCAGGCACGAGUCGACACCAAACGGAUCAGCCAAGAGCUCGACAUUAUGUCUCGCGCGGCAACGGCGGAAAACCAAAAGCUGAAGGAGCAGCUUCAGUUCAUCCCGGAACGGGAUUCAGGCUCCUCUAACGGUCAUUAGGCGAACCAGAGAUUUCGUCUCGUACACUCGAUGUCGCCAGUGUUUGGUCGUCGUCCACGGGACCAAUCAGCUAAAUCCGUCCAAACGGUCACGCGCCAAUUGUGCACGUUUCGUCGUGUCAUCGGCUGUCUAGUCACGCGCGCACCGUCAUGCACUGGAUGGUCAGGCGCGCUUGAGUAGCUUUUCGACCUCUUCUGUGGAGGUCCUCGGUGGUUCACUGAUGGAAUGAAGUCAUCACAAAUGUUCCAGGAAGCCACCUGCUGGUCUGGGUGCCAUGCGCAGCUGCACAUCUCAUCACGUACGAACACGAACGAGUGUGACGUUGGAUCGGUAUGUUUUGGUGAUGCAUUUCUUUAUAAAUCACGACACGUGUUUCUGUGGAAUGUUUUGAAUGAAAUACACA